AUGGCACCACUAAGCCUGCUGAGUGAUGACAUCAACUCCACCUGUGGGCCGGACAACUUCACAGGUGCCAGCCUGGCCCGCCCACAUGCCUACUAUGCCCUGUCCUACUGUGCGCUGAUCCUGGCCAUCGUCUUUGGCAACGGCCUGGUGUGUGUGGCCGUGCUGCGAGAGAAAGCCCUGCAGACUACUACCAACUACCUAGUGGUGAGCCUGGCUGUGGCAGACUUGCUGGUGGCCACCUUGGUGAUGCCCUGGGUGGUGUACCUGGAGGUGACAGGUGGAGUCUGGACUUUCAGCCGUGUAUGCUGCGAUGUUUUUGUCACCUUGGAUGUCAUGAUGUGUACAGCCAGCAUCCUGAACCUCUGUGCCAUCAGCAUAGACAGAUACACUGCCGUGGUCAUGCCGGUGCACUACCAGCAGAGCACAGGGCAGAGCUCCUGCCGGCGGGUGGCCCUCAUGAUUACAGCCGUCUGGGUACUGGCCUUCGCUGUCUCCUGUCCGCUCCUUUUUGGCUUCAACACCACAGGGGACCCCAGUGUCUGUUCUAUCUCCAAUCCUGAUUUUGUCAUCUACUCUUCUGUGGUGUCCUUCUACCUGCCCUUUGGAGUGACUGUUCUGGUCUACGCCAGGAUCUAUGUGGUGCUGAGACAGAGAAGACGGAAACGGAUCCUCACUCGACAGAACAGUCAGUGCCUCAGUGUCAGGCCUGGCUUCCCCCAGCAAUCUUCCUGUCUGCGGCUGCACCCCAUUCGGCAGUUUUCAAUAAGGGCCAGAUUUUCAUCAGAUGACACAGGAAAAAUGGAACAUUCAGAAGAUAAGCAAUAUCCCCAGAAAUGUCAGGACCCGCUCUUGUCACAUCUGCAGCCCCUUUCUACUGGCCGGACACACCUGGAGCUCAAGCGCUAUUACAGCAUCUGCCAGGAUACUGCCUUCAGGCGACCAGGCUUCCAAGAAGGAGAAGGAGAGUUGAAAAGGGAGAAGAGGACUCGGAACUCCCUGAGCCCAAACAUGGCACCCAAGCUUAGCUUAGAAGUUCGAAAACUCAGUAAUGGCAGGUUGUCAACCUCCCUGAAGCUGGGGCCCCUGCAACCUCGGGCAGUGCCACUUCGGGAAAAGAAGGCAACCCAUAUGGUAGUCAUUGUACUGGGAGCCUUCAUUAUCUGCUGGCUGCCUUUCUUCUUGACCCACAUUCUCAAUACCCACUGCCAAGCAUGCCACGUGUCCCCAGAGCUUUACAGUGCCACAACGUGGCUGGGCUAUGUAAACAGCGCCCUCAACCCCAUGAUCUACACCAUCUUCAAUGUUGAGUUCCGCAAAGCCUUCCUCAAGAUCCUGUCUUGCUGAAGGAGGAGAGGAGGGAACACCCCUGUACCUCUAGCUGCCACGCUGUUGGGCCACUGGCCAAGACCUGCUCAGAAAGACUGCACAAUGUCCUCUGGCAUAUGACAGAAAGAAGCUUCUGGAGCCAGGAUGCCUCUGUGUGGCAGGUGUAACCAACUACAUCUUCCAAGACAGAAUGUUCUACUUCCCCAGCUAAAGUCUGACUUUAUUUGACAGUCUUCAAAUGGUUGGGGGGGAUGCCAAAUGACAAGCAAUAACUCAAAAGGAAACUGAUUAAAACAUGACUCUACAC